UGUCUUUGUUUAUUGUAUUCAACAUUUCAUUCCAAUUAUACUUAAGUUUAGUCAUUGAGUGCGUGCGAAAAGGAGGAUUUCAAAUUGAAUAAAUUGAGAAGUUGUAAUUUGGCGAUACAUAAUUAUUUCUAGAAACUUUUAAUUUUGGAAAUCAAAGGAUAUUGCAAUGACACCACAAAUUCAAAAGCCAGCUCCAAACUUCAAGGGACAAGCAGUUAUUGAUGGACAAUUUAAAGAAAUAAAUUUGAAUGACUAUAAAGGAAAAUACGUUGUUCUCUUUUUUUAUCCUUUAGAUUUUACAUUUGUUUGUCCUACUGAAAUCAUAGCAUUUUCAGAAAAAGCUGAUGAAUUUAAAAAAAUCAAUUGUCAGUUAAUAGCAUGCUCAACUGAUUCCCAUUUUACUCAUCUGGCAUGGGUAAAUACACCGCGCAAGGAAGGUGGAUUAGGUUCGCUCAAUAUUCCAUUGCUUGCCGAUAAAUCAAUGAAAAUUGCAAAAGAUUACGGAGUCUUAGAUGAGGAAAGUGGAAUACCAUUUCGAGGAUUGUUUAUUAUUGAUGGUAAUCAAAACUUGAGACAAAUUACUGUCAAUGAUCUUCCGGUUGGAAGAAAUGUUGAAGAAACUCUAAGAUUGGUUCAAGCAUUUCAAUAUACAGACAUACACGGUGAAGUAUGUCCAGCUGAUUGGAAACCUGGUUUAAAAUCAAUGGUAGCUGAUCCAAAAAAGUCUAAAGAAUAUUUUAAUGCUGUAUAUUAGGCUUUCAUUUCGAGAGCAAUUGCAUUGAAAACACAAAACAGUAUCAAGAAAAAAAAUAAAGAUUUGUAAUAUUAUAAGAAGUAAUUGAGGCUCUUGAAAAAUUUAAGAUACAAGCUUAUUUUUUUCAAUUUCAAAUAAAGGUAUUACAUACAUAUUAAA